AUGAGGAUUUGGAUUUGGAAUUGUUUGACAAGGUGUGUGAGUAUCACACAAACACUUCAAAUCCAAAACCUGAAACUGAAAGGAAGAAUACUGGAGGACGAGUAUUACCUUCUUGGUGAAUAUGUCACCAGUAGAAUUAAUUGUACAAUUCUAGGUUUGUUGAGUGUAUGGAACGUUUCUUUUCUUGGAUAUCCUGCAAGAGCUAUUCUACCCUACACUCAAGCUCUCGAGAAGCUUGCUCCACACAUUCAACAGGUUAGUAUGGAGAGUAAUGGGAAAGGAGUAUCCAUAGAUGGUGUAAGCCUUCCUUUUGAAGCUGGUGAAAUUGAUUUUGGUGAGCCAGGAACAAAUGGUCAACAUAGUUUUUAUCAACUAAUUCAUCAGGGGCGUGUUAUUCCUUGUGAUUUCAUUGGUAUUGUCAAGAGUCAACAACCUGUCUACCUUAGAGAUGAAGUGGUAAAUAACCAUGAUGAACUCAUGUCAAACUUUUUUGCACAACCUGAUGCUCUUGCUUAUGGAAAGACCCCUGAACAAUUGCGAAGUGAGAAUGUUGCAUCUCAUCUUGUUCCUCACAAGACAUUUACUGGGAAUAGGCCCUCCCUUAGCCUUCUGCUUCCAUCAUUGGAUGCUUAUAGAAUUGGACAGUUGCUAGCUAUGUAUGAGCACAGAAUUGUUGUGGAAGGUUUCAUUUGGGAUGCAAUCGAUGGUAGACCUGAAACUACCUUGCAGAUAAUGAAGAAGGCAUUCCAUAUGGCUACGAAACACAAUAACCAGAAAGUUUCAAGAUAUGGAGCUUGCCGGAAUCGGGUGAGUGGCGUCGUCAUCUGUUCGAACAGAGAUGGUGAUGAGAUAAAGCAGAAGCUAAUUACACUUAGUAAAGAGUGA